UCCGAAAAACUAAGUUCGAUAACUCUAAUUUACUCAAAAGUAUCCCCAACAUGCAGUCAGGUAUUUUGGGGGGCUUGCUGCGAACUUUGGUGGCCAAAGCUAAGUUUUCUCACACCCAAAAUGUUUGCCAGCAUUGCAGAAAGACAAUUGGUCGAAGACACCUGAGCUCCACCACACGAUUGCUUGGCGUCUUUGAGCCGGAUAACUUGACACCAGGCCCUGCCAUCCCUGAAUAUGAAGCUUUGAAUGUGAGGAUGAGGGGCUACGACUUUGCCUUGUUGGAGUCCUUUGCUAAAUAUGUCCACAACCAGGCAACCCAGCUGGGUAUCGACACUGACAUGUGGCCCUCACCAUCAAAGGCAACACACAUUGAAACGUAUGUGCCCAAUUCUAAGGUAAUCCAGCACACAUAUGACUUGAGGACGUACGAGAGGACAGUACAGUUACAAGAUGUCCCUUCAACAAUGCUGCCUAUAUUUCUCGACAUAAUCCGUAGCCAUUUGCCGAUGGGUGUAAACAUCACCCUGAAAGAGCCUGAUGUGGAAGAGGAGAAUGAUCGCUAUGUUCCUGAUAAACGUCUGAAGGAUUUGUAUGCAGAAGUUGAUGCCAUUCAGAAGGCCAGAGACGAGAGAAGGAAGAAAUAAGAUGACAUGUGUGAUUAGGAUUUGUUAUGCAAAGGACUGCUCUUUGAUCUGGAGUGUUUUAUCACAGGAUCAGCAGAUUGCCAAUACGACGAGUCAAUAGAGGCAUCAAUGUUUGGAUGUUAGAAAGGUCCAGUUCUAUCAAAAUCCAAUCUUUUACUCCACUGCCAUAUCUGUAUGUGUCGGUCCUUAGCCAAUGAGAUGUCAGCUUUCUAAAACAAUUUGGCUUCAUUGCUUUACCACAUCAAUUCAGAAAUUGCACUCCUUUCAGUGUGUAGAUGCCAUGCUUCAGGGUGUACAAAUGUCCAUAAUAUGAUGGCAUGGCCGUUUGUAUUUAAAUUUUGGAACUACAUGUAUCUGUUUAAGAAGAUGCAGAAAUCAGAUAUGCUUGUCUGAAUACAUCACCCACUUGCCCUAAGAAUUUAGAAGCCGAGACACUGAUAUGCUGAUUGGAAAGUUCACCUGACACAACUUAUAGAGCUGACCUCAGAUCUUCACUCAGAGGCAUGGUGUUGGAGUAAAAGGUCUGAUAUAUUGAGAAAGCUCUUUUAGCAGUUUUACCAGUUGUUGCAUCUAAAGUUUGAUCGUCUUGGACAGCUAAAGAGAGCCUUCAAGUAUUGAGUACAAAAGUACAGGGCAUCUGUCAGAGCACACGAUCACCUUGAGGACUCUGUACAAGCGUGUUGAUGCAUUGCCUGAAACGUGUAUCAUCACUAUCAUUAGGGAAUUGUUUCUUUGAGUUUUGUACGCAUGUGAUGUGUGAGAAAAUAAACUCAAUUGUCUCUG